UCCGUCUCGGAGUUCUCCACCUCAUGCCGUCUCCUUUUCUCUCACCCUUCUUUCCUAUUUCCUCACGCCAAGUAGAGAUCCGGGGUUAGGGUUCUUCGUCUCUUCCACGCACUCUUAGCGCUUCCUCUCCCUCCGGGGAAUCUUUGACAAGGUACUGCCUUAUGAAUGAACACUUAGGUAAUGGGUGGUGAGCAAGUGGUUUAUCAGGUUUACUGGCAAAGGAUGAAUCAGAUGUAAAUAUGUUUGUAGUGCACCGAUGCAACUGUGUUAAAGAGUAUUUACAACGCAUAGAAUUGUGAGAAGUGGGCUGAGUUCUAAAUUGUCUGCAAAAGGAGACAGUGUAGCAAGCCACUUUUACUUGUUGUCUUCGGUCAUCAGGAGUUCUACCAAGCUAGCAAAACCAUAUUUUCCAGGCUAAAGUGGUUAUAGAUGCUUCUAUGUACACCUGUGUUAUCUCUUGCAACUAUAGAAAUGAUAUGUAUAAUAGAUAUGGAUUGCUGAAGAGUGAGAGAAUUGGAGGCAGAGGAACAGAUAGAUCUAAAUGAAAAUUUCUACUAAAAAAAGAUUGAGAUGGCCUUAUGCGCAUUCAACAAGAAAGCAUUGAAGCCCAACACUUACGCUUUGGACCUGGAGAACAUAAAACUGGAUUUCAAUUGGGAAGAUGUGACUUGCUCCAUCUGUUUGGAUUUUCCUCACAAUGGGGUACUACUUUUUUGCUCUUCGUAUGAUAAAGGUUGUAGGCCAUUCAUGUGUGAUACUGGUAAAAACCACGCAAAUUGUUUGGAGCGUUUCGUAAGUGCAUAUGGAGUGCCUGCUGUUGUAGAAGUCACAGCUGCUGCAAAUGGUGUUUAUAUGGUAUGCAUUCAAGAAACAUCUUCGAGCCCGACCAGCCAACCGACCUGCCCGCUGUGUAGGGGAAACGUAACUGGGUGGCUCAUUAUUGAUGAAGCCCGUGCCAACUUGAACAUGAUGAAGCGAUGUUGUGAAGAGAGACACUGUACAUAUGUUGGCAACUUUUCUGAGCUCCAGAAACAUGCUCAAUUAAAGCACCCCUAUUCCUACCCUUCCAAAAUUGAUCCUGCACAUAAACUAAACUGGGAAAACUUCCAGCAGUCAUCAGAGAUCAUAGAUGUCUUGAGCACUAUACAUGCAGAAGCACCUCAUGCAGUGGUAAUGGGAGACUAUGUCAUUGAAUAUGAUGAUUCAGAAUUUAAUGAUGAGUAUGAACAUUUUCAUAGGAACAGGGGAAAAUGGUGGACCUCUUGUAUAUCUUGUAAAUUGUUCUCAAACUUUAGGGGUUCGAGAAAUCAGCGAGGGUCCAGAAGGCGUUCCCGAAGCAGUCAUCGAUCAAAUUCUGAUGGUUUCUAUGUAGGUGAAGGUUCUUCAAGAUCUGUAGAGAUAAGAGAGUACAGAUUUGCUGAAGCUGAUGAUGAACUUGCACAAAUUGGUGCUGACGCUGGUGUUGGUGCUGCAACAUCACUGGUCAUUCCCAGCCACUACAGAUAUGGGAGGCGCAGUUUCCGUUUCUAUGAUCGGUGACCACCAGGAAUCUCCAGCUGCUAGUCAGUCCCGUUAGGACAAACUUUCCUUCGUUUUAGAUUCAGAUUCUUUCUGGUUGAUAUAGGAUUUGCUUGUUGAUGUUUAUCUGUGAAUAUAUUGUUAGCAUAACACAUCUGGCAAUCCUUAAUCAAAUAUUUGUGGGUGCAUUGAUGCGAUUUGUU